CGGGGCCUCUGGUCGGGGUCGCCCCGGCCAGCCGCAGGCAGAGGCGCCCCGGCGGCCGCGGGCCAGAGCGGGGUCCGCGCCUCCCCUUGGGUGGAUCGCGGGCAGUGACAGCCUCCGCCCGUGGGGGCUUAGUCGCGGGAGUGGCGCGGAAUCGCUGCCGUCUGCUUGCUCAGCGGUUGCACUGUGCCAAGCGUCGCGCUAAUUAUUUUACUUCGAUGAUUUCACGUCAUCUUCAGAGCAGCCUUUUGAGCACGGGCCCAGGCAGCAGCCAGGCCAUGGAGCUCUCUGGUGUCGCCCUGGUUGAGGGCGUGGGUAACGAGGUAGUGGUGCUGGCAGGUGUGGUGGUGCUGGUUCUAGCCCUGGUCCUGGCGUGGCUCUCCACAUACGUAGCAGACAGCAGUAGCAGCCAGCUUCUGGGAACCAUCGUGUCGGCAAGUGACACCUCCGUCCUUCACCUGGGCCAUGUAGACCAGCUGGUGGCUGUCCCAGGCACCCCCGAGCCCCCCGAGCCGCCCCACCCAUUGGAGGGCAGCGAGGAGAAGGCCGAAGAGGCCUGCACGGGCGGGGGCGAUACAGCAGGGGAGCUGGGCGCCGGGGCAGGCGUGGAACCCAACCUGGAGCAGCUCCUGGACAUCCGGGGCCUGCCCAGGCGGCAGGCAGGUGGUCCGGAAGCCCUGCCAUGCUCUGAGAGGGGUACCUGCCUGCCACCCAGUGCUGGCUUCAUCAACCUGAGGCUCAAAUUCCUCAAUGACACCGAGGAGCUGGCCGUGGUCAAGCUGGAGGACACUGUGGGUGCCCUGAAGAGCAAAUACUUCCCUGGACAGGAGAGCCGGACAAAACUCGUCUACCGGGGCCGCCUGCUGCAGGACCCUGCCAGCACACUGCGCUCCCUGGACAUCACUGACCGCUGUGUGAUCCACUGCCUCCGCCUGCCCCCAGGGUCCGCUGCCCCGGGCCCCGAAGCCCCCCUGGCCAACUCUGCCACUGAGCCAUCCAGUCUGGGGCUCAGCAUGGGCAGCCUCAUGGUGCCCGUGUUCGUGGUGCUCUUGGGCGUGGUCUGGUACUUCCGGAUCAACUACCGCCAGUUCUUCACGGCCCCAGCCACAGUCUCUCUGGUGGGCGUCACAGUCUUCUUCAGCUUCCUGGUCUUCGGGAUGUACGGACGGUAGAACCCAGAGAGAAACGAAGGGCACGUCUUCCUCUGCGCUGCUUCCCUUCCCCAGACAGAGCUGGGCCAGGCCAGGAUGUGGUACACAGGCAGGAGGCCCAGCAGGUGGACGUGGGGCUGCCCCCCUGACCAUGGGACAGCUCUCCCCACACCAGCAAACUCAGGUAGAACCUUCUUUCCAGCAUCCUGCCCAAGCUCAGAGCCAUGCCCAGCUUGUGGGAAACUUGCAUUCACCCCCGCCCCGGGGCACCCCUGCGGGGGGGCCCUGGUGCCAGUCCAGAGACUGGCAUGGCAGAGCAAGGAGAGACUGAACCCACCCCUCUUGGCCCAGGCGUGCAUGGGGUGUCCCUUGCACUCUGCUAGCCUCUCUGGAACAGUGAUUGACAGGGCUCUGCCAGGAUGGCACCAGGCCACAGCUGCUGCACCCCUGGGCCCAGAGCUGCCAGUGACCACUGGCCUCAGCCAGUACCUGCCUGCUGGGCUCCAAGGACUGCUCCAGAGGGGUCACCGUGGGCCACCUGGGCCCUCACCUUGGGGGCCCCAGGAUAAAGGCUUCACAUCUGUGACUCAAUAAAGUUGUUUUGUGGGCAA